AUGAAGUCCAUGAAGGGUCUCGGUAUGAGCAAGAUGCUCGGCAGCAUCAGAAAGAAAGCCAGCAAUGUGUCAAACCGAGCAUCCUCUGACGGACCCUCUGGCGCAUCAUCAUCAGGCACAACACCAGCCGGAACACCCGAAGCUACAGCUCACAACAGUGUGAAAGCAUUCUGCGAGUCUGGAGGAAAGUCCAAAGAAGAUGAGGUUCUCUUUCUACCUCCCAUCGUUGACGCUGCCGAAUCCUCCCCGGCCGCUGCCGCCGAAUGCGCGCGUCUAAUUCGCAAGUACUUGUCCAAAGAAUAUUUCUCAAAGCCAUCGUGGCAAUACAACGCUAUCAUGCUACUACGCAUCUUGACCGACAAUCCCGGCUCGACCUUCACACGAAACCUAGACCAAAAGUUUGUUGAUACUGUCCGUGGGCUCCUCAAGGCCCUACGAGACCCCAACGUGCGACAGAUCCUCAUGGAAACCCUUGAUGAUUUCCAACAUACAAAGGCGUACGAUGAGAACUUAACGCUACUCAUUACGAUGUGGCAGGGAGAGAAGGAAGAAGCUUUCAGCAAGUCUGGCGGACCACAGCAGCAGAUGCCACCACGCGGUUACAAUACCCCUCCCGCGAACCAGCAUUCGCAAAAUUACUUUGCGAGACAUCACACGAAUAAACGAUUGCCCGACCCUGUUGAGCUGGUCAGUCGACUCGAAGAAGCCCGCACAUCGGCCAAACUCCUGGAGCAGGUUGUUAUGAACACGCCGCCUGGCGAUAUCCUCGAUAAUGAGCUUAUCAAGGAGUUUGCCGACCGAUGCUCAAGUGCCUCCCGCAGCAUCCAGGGCUACAUGACGUCUGAGAAUCCCGCACCUGAUAACGACACGAUGGAAAACCUUAUCGACACUAACGAACAACUGCAAACUGCUCUCAACCAACAUAAACGUGCUGUCCUCAGCGCCCGGAAACAGUUGGGUCUCUAUGAACGUACUGAUUCACAGUCGCCUAGUGUGACCCCUCAGCUCCAGCCUCAGCAGCCAGAGUCUCAGUCUCAGCCCAAUGGUACCAACCAGUACUUUAAUAAUGCAUCAUCGUCAGGUUCCGCUUACAACGAGGGAAAGGGCAAAGAGAUAAGUGCUUAUCCACCACCUCCUGGCCCUCCGCCAGGGGCCAGUGAAGGAAGCUCGAGUCGACCUCUCGACGAACCAACAGAAAAUCCAUUCGCAGACCCCCAAACAAGCGGCUCCUCAUCCCAGCACCCCACAAACACGGCAAACCAAUACUCCGAGCACGAACGCCUUGGUGCUGAGCCUUUCCACCCCGGCUUCAGGCCGACCGAAAGCUACUUGGGUCGUCAAGACAGUGCCAUUGGAAAAGUCCACAUGCACGGCGCUGGAGCCUCGACUCCAUCGGGCCAGCCACCCGCACACCAAAGGCUGGACGAAGUCUCAGAUGACGAUGAUAUCUACGAUGCACCCACCGGCCCACCACCACCCAAGAGCAAGGAGCCCAUAUACCGGUACUAA